GGACGAAGGGCGAUGGACACCGACGGCGGCAGGAAGCAGUUCUGGAAGCGGAGCAGCUCCAGGCUCCCGGGAAGCAUCCAGCACGUGUACGGAGCCCAGCACCCUCCUCUGGAUCCGCCGUCACCCGCGGCGUCCGCCAAGGCGCCCGCGGCCAGGCCGAAGAGAGCCAGCAGCUUCCAGGAGUUUGAGAGCCAGACGAGCGACGCGUGGGCCGUGGGCGACGACGAGGAUGGGCUCCUCGCCAUGGCCGCCCGCAGCCUCCAUUCCCCGGUGGUCAUGGACACGGCCCAGCGGGUCCUGCGGGACCACAGCCUCCGGCAGGAGCGGCGCCGGCCGCCGCCGCCGCCGGCCCCCGCCCCGGGAGACCACCCCCCGCCGGACCCCGACCCCCAGGACCCCGAGCCCGCAGGUGGUGUCAGGGAGAGCGUCCCCCGGCCGAGAUCGCCGCCGCCGCCGCCGCCGCCCGCGUCCCCCCUGCCCUGCGGCGGCCCGGCCCUGAGCGAGCGGGAGGCCUACCGCCUCCACAAGUUUCAGCAGCUUCUCGCCGGACCCAACACCGACCUCGACGAAUUACGGAAGCUGAGCUGGUCCGGAAUUCCCAAGCCCGUCCGCCCCAUCACCUGGAAGCUCCUCUCAGGCUACCUUCCGGCCAACGUGGAGCGGAGAAAAGGCACUCUCCAAAGGAAGCAGAAGGAAUACUUCGCGUUCGUCGAACAAUACUACAACUCCAGGAACGAUGACGCUCACCAGGACACCUACAGACAGAUUCACAUAGACAUCCCACGCAUGAGCCCCGAAGCACUGAUUCUUCAGGCGAAAGUCACCGAGAUCUUUGAACGGAUUCUCUUCAUCUGGGCCAUCCGACACCCAGCCAGUGGCUACGUCCAGGGCAUCAACGACCUCGUCACCCCUUUCUUCGUCGUUUUCCUGGGCGAGCACACAGCAGAAGCAGAAGAGGUGGAGACUUUGGACAUUUCCAGCCUGCCCGAGGAAGCGCUGCGGGACAUCGAAGCCGACAGCUACUGGUGCAUGAGCAAGCUGCUCGACGGAAUUCAGGACAACUAUACGUUCGCCCAGCCCGGGAUCCAGAUGAAGGUGAGAAUGUUGGAAGAGCUGGUGAGCCGGAUCGACGAGCCAAUCCAUCGACACCUGGAUCGGCACGAAGUGAGGUACCUGCAGUUCGCCUUCCGCUGGAUGAACAACCUGCUGAUGAGGGAACUCCCUCUCCAGUGCACGAUCCGCCUGUGGGACACCUACCAGUCUGAACCAGAGGGGUUUUCGCAUUUCCACUUGUACGUCUGUGCAGCUUUCCUCAUGAGGUGGAGGAAAAAGAUCCUGGAAGAGAGAGAUUUCCAGGAGCUGCUGAUCUUUCUCCAGAACCUGCCCACGCUGCACUGGGGGAACGAGGACGUGAGCCUCCUCCUCGCCGAAGCCUACAAACUGAAGUUCGCCUUCGCCGACGCGCCCAAUCACUAUAAGAAGUGACGGCAUCGGAGGGUCCGGAACCGCGGGCAGACCACCUCGGCCUUCGCCUGCCAUUGGGAGCCCCCACCUCUGUGCCCUUACCAAAAAUCCCCCGAGGCCUGUCCGGGUCGGCCCCUUUGAGGAAACCGGACAGUCUCCAGGUAGCCAUCAGGGACUUCACAGUUCGCCUUUAACGUGAGAGCAAAGUCUCGCCUUCCUCAUCUUCCACACCCGAGGCCGGGGGGAGAGCCUGUUUCUCUCCGGAGCCAAACCUUCCCCCCCUCAGAGCCGACGGGGUCCUUCAAUCCUUUGCCCGGGAAGAAAACGCUCUCUGAGGGGAGCGGAUUCACGGCCAGCCGAGGGGAGGGAGGCGGGGCGGGACCCUGGCUCUUCAGAACCGGUUUUUGUUCCCCGUUCCCGUCUCCCAAACUGGGAAGUCCGCUUCUCCUACGGGGCUGAGAAUCAGAUCGAUGGCUGAAAAGAAGCUCUAGGCCCAGAGAGGCUCCCGUGGUAAAUAGCCGGGGCUGCCUUGGCCAUUCUGUGAAAGGUGUCUCAAAAGGAGGGGCGAAGCUUUCCUUCGUAGAAGAAGUUGUAACGGUGGGGUGAUGGAAUUCAUCCAUGCUGUCUUUCAGGGUACUCAUGAUUCAAACCCCGACUCCAUCCAUCCCUGCUGUGGCCCCGUUUUUCCAUUUCCAGCGGUUGGGAAAAGGAAUCAAGACCCCCCUCCCCACUCGACUCUGAUAUGUUGGCCAGCAUGGCCCCAGCCUGCUCUGUGGUGUUGGAAGAGGAACCUACUACGGGUGACUUCCACAGGCUCUGCCUGAUGGACUCCGAGACAGGAUUCCUUUCUCAGGAAGGCCACAGAUUACGGCGCUUUCCACUGGGCUUACCAGACCGGAGACAGAACCCACUUAGGUGCCCUCCAACCCCCCUCCCUUUUUAAAAAGAAUCUAAGCCAAGCUAGAAAUCAAAGCCUUGCAAAGAAUCGUGAUCUCCCUCUAAUUCGGCUCCGCGCUAUCUAUUCUCAGAGCCGACGCAACUGGAAAUCUGGGUCGGCCCAGGGGCUCGCAAGGAAUGUAGGCAAGGUUAGGUUGAUUUUCUCUUCUUUUGGUGGCUUCCCCGCCAGUUGUGGAAGCUGAGGGAAAAUACGUAACUGGGCUCUUGGCUUAAUUCCUUAGCUUGGUCCUAAGGGAUGCUAGGAGAAUCAUCCCUCUGCGGUUUAAGGGGGACACCUCUUUAGGGCAGAUUUUCCCGAGGUGUCAUGGGGGUCACCUCCGCGAUGCUGUCGAAGGGAUGGCCCCACCGCAGUCUCUCCGUCCUGAGCUUUGACUAGCUGCAUUUUGCGGGUCUUCCUUCCUUCUCUCCUCUUUUGGAGUCUCCCAAUGUCCGGACAAGACUCCGGCGGUGGGGAGAAUGAGAUACGCCAUCCUCCAUCCUUAAGACGUCAUGAUUCGUCCCCAAAAAGACAACUCUGAACACGUCCCGCCAAACAGCCGCAUUUCAUCUCCUCGUCUGGGCCGACGACAGGAAUCGAUACACGGCACGGAAAUCCGGGGACCAGAGAGGCCAGAGUGUUUGUGGAGAACCUGCAGUCCCCUCAAAAUCCUGGCCCAGUCUCCUCGAUCUCAUUCGUCGUCCGUCUGGUAACGAUAGUAUAAUACGGAAAUGAUCUUUUCUGUUUACAAGGAAUGUCACGCCAUGACUGAGAGAUGCACAGCAACCGGCUCGUAUUCCCGAAGCUGACACCCCCAGAGCAUCUGUCGACAGAUCUCGGCGCUAUGAACAAAUACUCCCUCUACGCGAAAGCCAAAGAGGCAGAGCAGCCAAGGUGACCGUUCGUUAUAAUGAACUUUUUUACGAAGAAAGUGGUCCGGGAGUUCCGGGUCACGCGAGGAGGUGGCUCGAAGAAAUCCGCGGAUGUCAGAUGCCGCGAACGGGAAGUCGCGGGGACGGAGUCGUCUUUUAUAAAUGCCUUAGUCCGUGACCGUGCUUCCCACCAAGUGCUCCGAAUUCCAGUUUUCUACGGCACACCUUCCGCCAGGGAAAGGCGCACGUGUAUUCCGUAUCGUUUUUCUACGACCGAGGAAAAUAUCGUUCGUCAGUAGUGCUUGGCAGCGUCCCCUUGAAGACCGCUCUCUGUUUCCUUUGGAGGUGGCGUGGUUUGAAUUUGAAGAUCAGUUAACAUACGGCUUUGUCUCCGCUAGUCUAUAAUGCCUUGAUUUAACCCAAGGGAGUUAAAAGUUUCUAAAGGAAAUAUAUUUUUGUGGCUCAGGUGCCUUUCCGUCCCAACCAAACUGUUGGGUUUAAACAGAAAUUGCCCCUUUUCUCUCCAAACAGUGGCUCUUUUAUACUUAUCUUCCCCGGGGACGGGACUUUUAAGACCUCCGUGAAGAAUCGUAGCCGACAUCAGGUUCUGAAAUGCAAAUAUCUGGGUCCGGAAAGCAGUCCGAUGAAAAUCACGCGUAGUCGAUCCGAACGAAAAAAGCAAUAUGGGGAAUACCAGGCCUCCGUUAUUUGAUUUGAAGGGAUUCGAAGUGUAAUUAAAUGUGCAAAGAAGCAGAGGGGGCAUUUGGAGCGUGAAUUGGGGCCGCGUCUCUCUGUCGCAUAACUAAUAUGGGUUUGGGAACUCCUCUUUACUGAUCUAAUUUCUUACAGCAGAGCUUAUGAGCUUGUGUUUAACUUCAAAACCGUGAAAUAAAACGGACAGUGCAAAGGA